GGAUGUUGUAAAGUUUCAACGCAUCCUUCAGUAUGUCCUCCACAACUACCAUCAGGAGGUGAAAAAAGUCAUAGAUGCGGCUCAAGGUAGCUGGGAGAGGUUUAAGGAGGGGAUGCAUAGGAAGUACCGCUUGGGAGACGGGGUAUUGACUACCGCAGAUCUUGAGGCGAUGAACAAAGAGGAUUUUACGGCAAUAGGGGCCUUUGUUCAAGAAUUUAAGAAGAGAGCGCGGAAGGUUCAUGGGAUUUCGGAGGAAGCACAAUGCGCCAUCUUCCUAGGGCUACUCACGGCAUCGGAGGCCGUCGAGUUGACGAGGCAUGGAGGAGGUAGCACUAAGCUCACCUGGGCCACCAUUGACAGAGGGGUGGAAGUUGGGUGUUUKGACCAGGUGGAGCAACGUCAGUGGCCCUGGCCGGUGAUCAAUGCAAUUGUGUCAUUGGGAAGCCCGCCGCCAGUAGCCGGACCGCAAACGAGUAUGCCACCGCCCAUCUACCCCGCAGCCCAGGCCCAGCCUGUGGCCCUGCCGCCGUCACCUGCUCCUAGUUCACAGGGCAGUGUGGCAGGAGGUGGGAACAAGGGGCAAGGCAAUCAAGGCAACGGAGGGAGGGGUGGAGUAAGGGGGCGAGGCAGGAAUGGCGGCGGAAGAGGGAGGCAAUGGAAUGGUCAAGGCCAGGGGUACCAAGGCCAGGGGAAUCGAGGCCAGGGGUACCAAGGCCAAGGGAGUCAAGGCCAGGGGUACCAAGGCCAGGGGUAUCAAGGCCAGGGGGAUCAGGGAAGUCAGGGGUAUGGAAGACCCCGUUUUGACUGGAGGACGGUCAUCUGUCAACAUUGUGACCAGCAAGGCCACACUAUAAGGUUCUGUAAUAUAAGACGGAAAGACGAGAGAAGCGGACUGAUUUCCUCCACUAUAGAUGGGAAUAUCUACGAUCAGUUUAGGGAGACCAUUGACAGAAGGUUUGGAGGAGUGAGGGUUGAAGCCCAACGAAGAGCGGCAGCUGGGCCGCCACCCCCUGCCAUGUUCAGGCUAUGGCAGGAAAAGGAGGAACCACCGAUUGGGAUAGAGGAAGUGGGGAGCGAUGAGGGAUUGGCUCAAGGGCUACGAGGAGGAAGUAAGACGGAAGAGUCCAUAAUCAUCGAGUCAGAUGACGAGGAUGAGGAGGAAAGAAUGGAGCCUCCGUCCGUCUUAUUUGGGAAGAUGGAGGACCUGCUGGAUAAGAUAGGGAGGUACCAACAGAAGUUGGUGGGCCUCUGUGAGGAAGUGAAGGGAAGGAGGUCUAGCAUCCCCAAAGUGUUCCUCUAUGACUCCGGCCCGGAGUCGACGCCUAGGCGACCCGGAGUAAAUGUGGUGGGAUCGUGCGCACAAUCGGAAAUGAGGGGGAGGCCCCUCACUCCGCAGGCCCGGCUGACACAGGCAGCGAGAACUAGGAAUCAAGCCAAGGCCAGUGCCAGCCAAGAGCCUCUGAGGAGGGAACCCGAACCAGGGAGAAGGAAAGAGGUUGUAGAAGUAGAGGACAAUGAUGAUGAACAGGAAGAGGACGAGAGGCUGUGCAGAGAAGAGGAUCAGAGAACGGAGCAGCGGGCGAGGAAAAAGGGAACCAGGGGAGAGGCCGAGCCAGUCAUACGUGACGAACCACCCAAAAAGAAGAAAUACGUUGUUCGGUUGGAAGAGGGAUUUGACGUAGAGAGAGUAAUUGAUAUGCUGGGACGGCUCAAGCAGGGUUCCCAAAGGCGGUACAAGACGGUAGACAAGAAGUGCCGCCCUGUUCCCAUCCUCGUUACAGAAGACGAGGAAGCAUAUUACGAGAGGGAACGAGAGUUGAUACGGCGAAUGAUGGAAAGUGCUUUAGCAGGGCCUUGUCGUAUCAACGAAGGGAACGAGAAGGAUUUGAUCAUAGGGGAGUCUGACUUCCUGCUGCCUCUGGAGCGAAUGUUGAUGGUGGAAUUAAUGAAGAGGAAGCAUCGCGCCUAUGCGUUUAGUGACGAAGAGCGUGGCAGGCUGCAUGUGGACAAGAUACCUAUGAUCCACAUCCACACCGUGCCACACGAGCCUUGGAACAUGAGAGGGGCACGAUAUCCCAAUCCUGACGAGGAAAGGAAGGUGGUGGAUUACCUCGACGGCAAGAUACGUACUCACGUCGCCGACUAUUCGAGUGGACCGUAUGCGUCCCCGUGGUUCUGCUUCAUUAAGCCUAACGGGACGCUGCGGUGGGUGCAGGAUUUGCAAAGACUGAAUGCGGUGACUGUGCGAGAUGCUGGAGGACUGCCGAAUGCAGACGCGCUGUCGGAAUCCUGUGCUGGAAGACCUACAAUUUCUCUUAUAGACCUUUACUCACGAUACGAUCAGUUCCCAGUUUACCCGCCGGAUAGGCCGGUGACGACUAUGCACACGCCGCGAGGAUUAGUCCACAUGAACGUGGCCCCACAAGGGUGGACCAACGCAGUAGCAAUGGUCCAACGGGCCAUGAUUCGGGCUAUGCAGUCAGUCAGCCCCCAUAUCACACAGCCAUACAUUGACGAUUUGGCAGUGAAGGGGCCGGCGGUGAAAUUGAGCGACGAAGUCUCGCCAGGGAUAAGGCGCUUUGUCUGGAAACACAUCCAGAACCUCGAAAAGGUCCUGAGCCUGCUCGAAGAGCAUAACCUUAUGGCGUGCGGGGCCAAGUCCAGACACUGCAUGAGGGAAGCGACUAUUUUGGGGUUCGUCUGUAGCGAGAAGGGCCGGAGGCCGGAUGUGAAGAAGACGGACAAGAUUACAAAGUGGUCGGUUCCGUUCCACUCAAUAACUGAUGUCAGGAGCUUCCUUGGUACGUGUGGAUUUUGGAGGACCUUCGUCAAGAACUUUGCCGCUAAGACUGAACAUCUGAGGAAGUUAGUUCGCCAGGAUCAGGAAUGGGUUUGGGGGGAAGAGCAAGAAGAGGUGGUGGCCAGAAAGAAGGAGGAGUUUCGAGAAGGAGGGUUGGUGUUAGGAGCGCCAGAUUAUGAUGCUACAGAAACACGACCCUUCAUUGUCGAAACAGAUGCGGGGCCAACUGCCUUAGGGGGAGUUCUAAUUCAGGCAGACAUGGAAGGUAAGGAAAGACUCGUGCGAUUUGAGAGCCGGACUCUCUGUAUGACGGAGAGGAAUUACUCUCAGUUCAAAAGGGAGACCCUUGCUGUCCUCCACUGUCUGCGAAUCUUCCGGAACUACAUCUUCGGCAGGAGGUUUAUUUUGAGAGUGGAUCCGACUGCCCUGCCCUACUCUCUAAGGAAUUACGUUCCAUCGGAUCCAACGGUUGCCAGAUGGCUGACGUACAUCUGGAUGUUCAAUUUAAAAUUGGAACGGAUUCCUGGUAGUAAGAAUCGGGCGGAUGGGCUGAGUCGGAUCAACUGGGAUAAACAGGAAGGGGAGGCGGUGGAGAAUACGCCCCCAGUUGAUGGAUUUCUAGAUCAGGAAGAAGAUGUUCGUCUCCACAUUAACAAGUGGUCGCCGCGAGUGCCCAACUGUGUAGGCUAUCCUAUCUGGCAAACGCCAAGUGGGUAUGAAUGGAGGAAUGAGCUAGUCCUUAAGCCCUUUGAGGAAGAAGAUCCCUGGGGCGGUACGGAUGUUCAGUGGAUGAUGGAGCUCGCGCUGGCCAGCUCGCAUAGCCUGGUGGAGGAAAUGAGAACGAUUGAGGAAGGACCUGGCCAGGUAGAACGGCAUGAGGAAAUGAUGGGAGGAAUGUAUCUCCUCGUCAACACGUUAUUGCAGGAAGGCCUCGAUCAGUCAGGCUCGUUGAACUCGACAGGAAAUGUGGACGAAGUGCCCGAGAAUCAGGACGACGAGUUCGAGGAGGGGGAGAUUAAGAAGGAUUUUCGUGUAGAGGAGUACGACGGGAUCUACCUAAAGCUGGGGCUUCUUCUGUCAUGUGAAAUGCGGCUAAGGGAUGCAAGCGAUAGGGCUCAGAGGAUGCUGCAGCGCUAUUUAGUGCGAGACGACCACCUUUUCGUAAGAAGAGAGGUGGGAAAUCCCAGGAGAGCCGUCUGUGGUAGGAAUUGUCAGAUCGACGUCAUAGCAGCGCUUCACGGUGGCAUUGCAGGAGGGCAUCGAGGGGUACAAGCUACGUAUGCCAAGAUAAGUGAGCUGUACUACUGGGAUAGAAUGAUGAACAUGGUCAGAAAAUUCUGCCGAUCUUGCGUACCUUGCCAGGAGAGAUCCCGUUUAAGGCAAGGAGAGUCGUUGCAUCCAAGGCUAGAACGAGAGGUGGGGGCUGUAGUGCAUCUCGACCUACUUUUUAUGCCGCUUGGGGAUCAAGGCUAUAAUUAUAUCUUCGAUGCGCGCGAUAACCUGUCUGGUUUCGUAGACGGACGUGCUAUUCGCACCAAGACCGGGUUAGUCUUAGUAAGCUGUAUCGAGGAAUAUUACCUGCGUUAUCCUUUCGUCAAGGAAUUCGUAAUGGACAGGGGAUCAGAGUUUACCUGCCAGGAGGUGCAAGAACUGUUAUCAAGUUUCUGGGAGCAUGCGAGGCGUAUGGGCUGGACCGUGGCUCAGGCGAUUGAGAGAUUGAGGGGAGCAGGCAGGUUCGAAGAGCCCAUUGCCAGGAUUCAUAGGGAGGCGACGACAAGGCAGGAGGUAGAGAUGAGGAUGGAGGAGUUGCGACCCUCGCCUAUGGAACCAGAUGGCAGACCGAUCCGCCUGGAGAUUGGAAAUGCGUCGGACUUCAUCCCCGCAUUUGAGUGGUUCAUGCAGGGGCAGGGCAUAUCGAGAUAUGAUUGGAUGCAGACGCUACCACUCUGGACCAAGAAGGCGGAAAUGCCACUGGCUAGCCAAAUCAGAGACAUGGCCCGGGACUGGGAGAGUUGCAGGGCACAUAUGAGAGAAGCCUUUCGACGGCCAGAGCCCCCUCAGCCCAGAGUUGAGAGGCGUCAGAGGAGUCAGAGGCAGAGGGACCCUGAGCCCAGGGAGGCGAGACCGUCUCGAGGAGGACGGAAGGCCCUAGCCAGGAGAGAGGAGGAGCCAGAGCAGGAGCCAAAGGCUGAGGAUCGAGAGGUGUACCCUGAGUGUGGGCUGGGACCAGUGGAGUUCCAUCGUUUUACUGAGGGUGGAUUGAGGAGAUCGCCAGCACGCACGCAGGAGGAGCCGCCAGCAUCUGAGGGGCCCUUGAGGGAAUUGGAGACGCAUUUGGAUAUCUCUCAGUGGAGAGCGUCGCCUCAGAGCGAGGAGCAUGGAGAGCAGGCAGAGGAGAUGCCACAGGAGGAGGUCCAGGGUACUCAGCGAGAGAGAGAGUUGGGCGAUGAGGGGAGACGUGCAGGGAAGGAAGUGAUAGAGGUUGGAGAGGACACACCCCCACAGACGCCAGCAGUGGGUUUGAGACUUGGGGAUGCACCAGGGAGCACCCGGCAGACAGAGGAGAGGUUGCAAAGUGAGGAGGUCCAAUUACCUUCAUCAGGGAAGGCUCCUUCGCCAGAAAAUAGGGCAGAAAGGAGGAGAGAGAGGGCAGCUGUAUGGAGAGAAGCCUUGAUCCUGAUUGACAGGCACCUAGCAGCUCAUGCCCUGGAGCACCCAGACCUGGAGGGGCCAGCACCUGCAGAGCCUCGCCAGGAGCCGUGCCAUCCCGAGAAGGAGAUGGAAGCAGAGAUCCCAAAGAGGGUCGACCUCCGCACGAGGAAAAGGGCGUCAGCUGGAGAGACGACUGAAGAAAAGAGGGCGAGAAGAACCAGGCGGAUAGAUGAGAUAUGGCAGGAGAGGCAGAGGUUGGAGGCAGCGGGGGAGCUUCCGGAGCAGCAGCAGGAGAGGCAGAGAUCGGAGGCAGCAGGAGCACUCCCAGGUCAGCCACCCGGCGCGUCAGCUAGGGCCCCGAAGAUCCCUGAGAUGUGGAGGGACUUCUGGAAGCAGAGAGGAGAGGAGCUUCCAUCGCCAGUUAGAGCUGGGUUUGGGGUGGCCAGGAAGGCGGAAGAGAGGUUGGAUCGUAAAAUCAAGUUCAUAGCCAAGACCACUUUUGACUGGCACUUGUUAUUAGAGAGCGAUCUGGCAGGGAAAAAGAUGAAGGAAGCAAGUCAUGGAGUACGCCUGGAGGCUAUGGAGAUGGAAAUCCAGGAACUCAGGGCAUUGGUGGCCAGCCAGGCAGCUAUCAUUGAGAGUCUGAGGCAGCAAACCCAGGGAAAGGUGGACAAGCCAGAGAGCAGCAGGCAGGGAGAGCAGAGGCAGCCCGGACAGGGAUUGCCAGGACAGCCAUCUGCGGCAGAGCCUCGCCAGGAGCCACCUAUGGAAAGAGUUAUCCUGGAGUCAGAGGAGGCGAGAGCCCAGAGACAGGCAAAGAGAGAGGCAUUCGAGUUAAGAGCCCCUACUGAGCUCGCGACGCUGCCAGUGGCAGCGGCAGACCCAAUCGUACCUUUGAUGAUUGAGGAGGGGCUACCGCCAUCUAGCAGUGAGCCGGCUCAGGGGUCAGCAGAGGGAUCCAUGGACGUACUCCUUGAUGCAGUGCAUACCAUGCAGGAGGAGGCGAGUCUGUUUUCACCCGAGCAGAGGAUAGAGGAGCCGCUUGAGAAAGAGAUGGGGAUUGAGGCGGACGGUGCCAUCGAGAGCAGGCUCCAGAGGAUGGGCACACCUGAGUAUGGACCAGAGGAGAUUGAGGAGCAGCCCACGGCAGUGCCAGAAGAGACACUCGAGAGGAGACCUCAAAGGUUGGACACGCCUGAGUACGUCCCAGUGACAGGGGAUUUGAGGAGCAGACUGGGAUCUUGGGCUACUGGAUCUGGGUCUGGGGGACCGUUUCCUGGGACACAGCAGCAGGAGGUUGUUAGUACCGCAGCUCCUCGAUCAGAGCAGCAGGAGGUUGUCAGUACCUUGGUAGGAUCUCCUUCAUCGCCACCUCCUCAGCCCAGGAAGAAGAAGUUCAAGAGGAAGGUAGAUCAGCUAUGUUUCUACUGCAAGAGGGACGUGCAUCAUGCUCUGGACUGUCUCGAGUUCCUUGAGGAUAAGGCAACAGGGAAGGUCUCAGAGGUAGGGGGUAAGAUGUAUGAUAGACAGGGUAGGAUAGUAGAGAAGUCCGCAGAUGGACUUUGGGCUAAAUUAUAUAGGCAAAACCAGAAGGAGUUGAGGAGAUAGUGUCGGUUUGUCUAUGUAAGUGGGCGAGUCUCUUGUGA